CGUCACGUUGCGUAAUUAAUAUUCAUGAGCAGGCCUUCGCCGUAGUAGGAAUCGGUGGGAUGGGAUUUGGGACACUGGGAACAUGGCGGCUGCCUUGGAAAAUGAAUUGGAAGUAGAUAACGAAGAUUAUUAUUCUCUGCUCAAUGUCAGGAGAGAGGCUACUCAGGAGGAGUUGAAGUCGUCGUACAGACGGCUUUGUAUGCUGUACCACCCCGACAAGCACAGAGACCCUGAGCUGAAGAGGCAGGCUGAGCAACUCUUCACCAAUGUACACCAGGCAUAUGAGGUUCUCAGUGACCCACAAUCCCGAGCCAUAUAUGACAUAUUUGGGAAGAAAGGCCUAGAGGUGGAAGGUUGGGAGGUGGUGGAAAGGAAGAGAACCCCUGCAGAGAUCAGGGAGGAAUAUGAACGUUUGCAGAGAGAGAGAGAUGAGAGGAGACUCCAGCAGAGAACUAACCCUAAGGGGACAAUAAGUGUCGGCAUAGAUGCGACAGACCUCUUUGACCGAUAUGAGGAGGACUUUGAGGAUGUACCAGGAGGAGGUUUUCCCCACAUUGAGAUAAACAGGAUGCAUAUUUCCCAAUCCAUUGAGGCGCCCCUAACCACUUCAGAUACUGCUGUCCUCUCUGGAUCUCUGUCGACGCAUAAUGGCAACGGGGGAGGAAAUAUAAACCUUUGUGUGCGGCGUGUGACCUCAGCAAGAGGCUGGGGAGAGCUGGAGUUUGGUGCAGGGGAUAUUAGGGGACCUUUAUUUGGGAUGAAGGUGUUCCGUAACGUAACUGCGCGCUGCUUUGUGACUGCCCAGUGGGGAUUGCAGUUCUCCUCACGUGGCGUGCGGCCCAGUGCCACUACAAUGAUGGCUCGCCACCUGGACCAGAACACUAUGGGUUACCUGCAGUGGCGCUGGGGAAGCCAGUCUGCCAUGACCACCAGCAUUGUCAGGGACACCAAAACAAGCCACUUCACCCUGGCCCUGCAGCUGGGUGUUCCUCAUUCCUACCUGAUGAUGAGCUAUCAGUACAAAUUCCAGGAUGAAGACCAGACUAAGGUCAAAGGUUCUAUCAAGACUGGGUUCUUUGGCACCGUGGUUGAAUACGGUGCAGAGCGCAAGAUCAGUCGCCACAGUGUUCUGGCUGCAACCGUCAGCAUUGGUGUACCCCAAGGAGUCUCCCUCAAAAUCAGGUUGAACAGAGCCAGUCAAACCUACCUCUUCCCUAUUCACCUGACCGACCAGAUUUUACCCAGCGCUGUGUUUUACGCCACUGUGGGCCCGCUGGCCAUCUACUUAGCUGUCCAGAAGCUUAUUAUUAUGCCUUAUGUACGAGCCCAUAAGGAACAGGAGUUGGAGAAACAAAAGGAGGAUUCUGCUUCAGAAAUUGCUCGCAGGAAGCAAGAGGCUGAAGCUGCUGUUUUGUUGAUGCAAGAGUCAGUGAAGAGAAUUAUUGAUGCUGAGGAAUCUAAAAUGGGUCUCAUCAUUCUAAAUGCUUGGUACGGCAAAUUUGUGUCAGACAAUAGUCAGAGACGUGAGAGAGCAAAGGUCAUUGACGUGACCGUCCCGCUCCAGUGCUUAGUGAAAGACUCUAAACUCAUUCUUACCGAAGCAUCAAAGGCUGGCUUGCCAGGGUUUUAUGACCCGUGUGUCGGAGAGGAAAAGAGCCUAAAGCUGCUGUACCAAUUCAGAGGAGCAAUGCACCAAGUCUUGUCUGGAGACACAGAGCCUCUUAGGAUACCUAAACAAUCUCAUAGAAUCGGUUCAGAGACAUAGGAGUCUACCACACAUUGGAAGAAAGAGCUCAAUGGACAUCACAGGAACAUAAAGGGACAGUCAGACAUCAAGUGAUCCGAAGGGCUGCUCCUCUUCAUUUCAUGUAGUCACCCG